AUGAAUCAACGAACAACUGCUGCAGUUCGAACACCAGCCGGAUGUACAACACCGUUUGAAGUGGUAACUGGAGUAAGACAAGGGGCAGUGGCAGGACCUUUCCUGUUCAAUUUCGCAAUCGACGACAUUAUGCGAAGAACAGUCGACCAGUGUCCUGCUGACAUUGUCUUAGCACCAUCAGGGUACCCCUUGACUGACCUCGAGUACGCCGACGAUGUUGUUAUAUUCGCGGAAAGCAGUACGAAACUUCAACAUGUUGUCAACCUUGUAUCGAAACUGGCUGCAGCCUAUGGACUACGCCUACGCCCUGAUAAAUGCAAGCAGAUGUGGAUCUCUUCGAGACCACGAACGGGAAUCAGGGUGGACGGACAACCGAUAGAACUCGUCGAUGAGUUCUGUUACCUAGGCUGUACGCUGAAGAACGAUGGCAGCUACGAGAGAGAUGUUCAGCAAAGGUGCGCUAAGGCCACUUCUGCAUUUAACUCCUUAACGAAAUGCCUGUGGUCGACCCCCAUCACCAACGAAGUCAAGCUGCGAGUCUACCUAUCCGCAAUUCGCCCCAUCAUGAUGUACGGAUCGGAGACUUGGGCAGCACCAUCAACGGUUAUGGAGAGGCUUGACUGCACGGAACGAAAGCUGCUACUUGGCUACUUUUGGCCUAGGGUAUGUCACAAUGAAGAUCUUUACGCAGAAAUUGAUGUGGUAUACCGGCGGAUGACACGUGGAAAACAUCAACAUCUUGCACCGCCAUCGAAAGUGGCUAAAGUAAAUCGUCUUCGCUUCUUUGGUCAUAUAUUAAGGAGACCGGCAGAUCGCCUUGUUCAACGAGUUUUGAGGAGUUCGUCGGGUUCGAGCUGGAAGAAGCUACCUGGCCGAAAACGGAAGUUCUGGACUGACGUGGUGAAAGAGGACCUGAGGACACUCGGCGUGGAGAGGCAGUUCAGGCGAGACGUAAGGUUUCGCAGAGUAUGGAAUAGCGACGAAUGGAUUGAUUCUGUGCAAGCUCUCGCAGAAGAUCGAGAAGGUUGGGCAGAGCUGUGUUCAAGGACGGCACACCUCGGCGAAGAUGCGGGUAAUCGCGUCAGGCGAUGA